UUCAUCGUAUAGAACGUAUAGAAGUAUUCUGUUCUCUCAUUGGUGAAUUCAGAUGACAUAUGGAAUUGGUAGCAGAAAGCGUGUCUUCGUGUUCUUCCCAGCCGUGAAAUCGGCGAAGUUAUGUCUGUACCUUGUAUAAUUGAUGUGUGCAGAACAGAAUGGAUACACAGAGUCAUCCGAAAAGUAUUGAAUUACCGGACACUGUGGAGGUUUUUGGUAACUUAAAAAAUGCGAAAAGGUUCGCAAUUGAUAUAGGUGGGUCUCUCACCAAAAUUGCCUAUUAUUCAACAGUAUCUCAUCGUCGAGUCAUUUAUGAAACAGAGAAAGAAGAUGGACAGUCUUUGCAGUCUGCUGAUGAGGACCAUCGUGUGUAUGAAGUCUCAGAAGGAGCAAGGCUGCAUUUCGUUAAAUUUGAAACAAAGUAUAUUGAAAGUUGUCUGGACUUCGUUCAAGUGAAUUUGGUUAACACUCGGGACAAGAUGAUUGGCAAGAGCAUCAAAGCAACAGGUGGUGGAGCAUACAAAUACACUGAACUUCUUCAACAGAAGCUUGGACUCUCAGUUGACAAGGAAGAUGAGAUGAGCUGCCUCAUCAAAGGUUGCAAUUUCCUGCUGAAGAACAUCUCAGAUGAAGCAUUUAUGUACCAACGGCAUGGCAAUCCUGAGUACAAGUUCCAGACUGCUGAUCCAAAUAUUUUCCCAUAUUUACUAGUCAACAUUGGAUCUGGUGUUAGCAUAAUGAAGGUGGAAUCAGAGGGCUCAUAUGAGAGAAUUGGUGGUACAGCAACAGGUGGAGGAACUUUCUGGGGAUUGGGCUCAUUAUUGACAAAAGCCAAGGAAUUUGAUGAGUUAUUAGAAUUGGCAGAAAAGGGUGACCAUCGAAAUGUUGAUAUGUUGGUGCGAGACAUAUAUGGUGGUGACUACAAAAUGCUUGGACUGCCUGGUGAUCUGAUUGCAUCUUCAUUUGGAAAAGCUAUGCAUUGUCACAAGGACCGCAAUUUCAAUGCAGAUACUCAGUUCUCAGAAGCAGAUCUGGCUCGCAGUUUGUUGUUCACCAUUAGCAACGAUAUAGGCCAAGUGGCUAGUCUUUAUGCUAUGAUGCAUAAGCUGAAUAAGGUGUAUUUUGGUGGGUAUUUUCUCCGCAAUCAUCCUUUGAGCAUGCAUACAGUAUCCUUCUCAAUCAACUACUGGAGCAGAGGUCAAGUGCAGGCUCUCUUCCUGAGGCAUGAAGGCUACUUAGGGGCUAUAGGAGCCUUCCUCAAGGGAGCAGAAGAGUGUGAUGCAGAUAAAUAUUCCUGGUUGGAGAAUUAUGCCGGUAGCUCAGGUCUCUGCAGCCCCAUUCCAAUACAGGUUCUGUCAACACAGGGUGUGCCUGUAGAUCAGCUGGAAAUUGAUCGUUGGGAAUCUGCUGUCGCAUACUGCCCUCUUCUGUGUGAUCCAGCUAAUUAUGUACCUGACACAGUUGACCUCACACAAGACACUGAGGCCAGGGAAUACUGGCUCCAAUGUUUUGAAGAAUCUGUGGACAAAUUUGUUUCCCGAGCCAUCAGCAGUCAACCUCAUAGUCUGACAGCCAAAGAGAGAGCAUCUAAAUUCAAGGAAAAAUAUGUAUCUAGGCUGUAUUACCUCAAACAUCAGCCAUUUGCCUAUGGUAAUUUGUCCGUGAGGAGCUUACUGGACACAAUUGAACAUUGUAUGAAGGAAUUUGAUUUUCCUGAUCCAUAUCUUUUG